AAUUAUACGGCUUCAACAAGGAACUGUACCACAACAUGUCCGAAGCACAACACAAGGCCCAGGGCAUCGUGGGGAUCUCGCUGAUGGUGCAGAUCGGUGAUACGCCCAACCCGGAGCUGCGGAUAAUCACCAGCACCUUCAACAAGGUCACCUACAAAGGUUCUUCCAUUCCGAUCCGGCACAUCUCGCUCCGGUCGCUGUUGCCAAACACCGAACAGUACAUGACGUACGAGGGGUCCACCACGCAUCCCGGCUGCUGGGAGAGCACGGUAUGGAUCAUCCUGAACAAGCCGAUCUACAUCACCAAACAGGAGCUAUAUGCCCUGCGGAAGUUGAUGCAGGGUUCAGAGCAGACUCCGAAGGCACCGCUGGGGAACAAUGCAAGGCCCCUGCAGGCGCUGCACCACCGGACGGUGCGGACGAACAUCGAUUUUGCACACACGGGAGCGAAUAAGAACCAAAACUGUCCCACCAUGUACAAGGAUAUGUACUACAAGCCGAACCGCUGGACGACGGAAAUCGCCGCCCGGGGUCGUGAACGAGGUCUUCCAGAUUUGGACUCGGUGUUCCAUUCGCUCCCAUAGUGGAGCUGGAGCGGGGGAGGCAGCGGCAGCACCGGAACCAGCAACCGUGUAGGUGCUGGUAGUUUGGCCAAAUCUCCCCACUGAAUCGGCGAAUCGGUAAGCGCACUAAGAUUUUUAGUUAGGGAUGAAGGGCAAGGUUAAGAAGGGUGUAAAAUAAAAACGCGAUAAAUGCAAACUAUUCCUAUUUUUAUGAAGAACUGGAUGAACGGACUCGUAGAUUUAAAAGAAUUCUAGUGCUGUAAAAAAGUAUAUAUUGUUACUAGAUCUCUACUAAGUAACCGAAUCGUGUGAAGGAGUUUCCUCGAAAAGAUAAAAAAAAACAUGAUUGCCAAACAAAAUAACUAGAGAAUGGAACUGUACCACGGAAAAAACGCGAGGGACCCCUUUUUGGGGUGGACAAUAAUUCAAACAUUGAAAAACAAAAACUUUUUGAGCGAACCGAAAUCACAAAUACACACAUCCAAACGCGUAAAUUCGCAUAACAAGAACUGUCAAAUUGCAAUGCGACGAUAUUUUUAUAGCAAGACAUAACCAUAGCAAGCGUGUUUUCAGUCCACCCUCAUUGUUGCUUGCAGCGCUGGCAAAUCCUUUGUAAAUAAUCACAAUCUCUACCAACACAAAAUAGGACAAAAGAAAACAUUACUAAUACGAACAACUAUAGUGAAAAGUGCUUCUAAUGAACUUAACUCUAAAUCUUAACCUACAAAGUAACGGAAGCCUAAAACGAAUACAACAUAAACCAACCAAGUAGUAGAUUUUUAUAACGUGAUGCCUAAACGAAAAAACAAAGCAGUAGUUGUACAUUGCAAAGUCAUUGUUAGUUAUGGGUUUGGUUUUUAAAAACUGAAGUAGGAGCUAAAUUAUCUGUCUGUAAAAAGUUACUCAUAACCGAAGUAAAAAAAAAUACGAGCAACAAACAAACGAAAACUGCUGCGACAAUUAUGGAAUUUAAAUGAAAAUGUAAACAAACGCAAAACGGCCAAUCAAGCGUGGGCUUUGAGCUGUUUCCUUUCCCAUUCGGCGAAACGUGCUUGGUGUGCGUGAAAUUGUGUAAACUAACCGAAGCAUCUGUCAAUCAUACCAGAGUAACCGUGCAUCAAUUAGAGGGCCAUGUUUUGCAAAGGCGUGUUACUAAACAAAAACUAAGUGCUUAAUCGAAAUUAAAACAACCAGUCAGUACGGAUGUCAAAGUGACGUUUGCUGUAUACCAAAAACGAAACGAAACAAAAGAUGAAAUGCAAUACAAACUCCAACCAUCCACUCAUUCCUAUCCAGUUGAGAAAACUGACAUCAGCGAAAACGAAAUUACCAAACGAUACACAUUGCUCUAUAACCAAGAAAGUAUUGAAACGCUCUCGCUCUCCCUAUAUACCAUUUACCGGCGAAGAAGCAGAAAGGAUUAAAUCAAAUUAUUGAAUUUAUUUAACCAAACUAAAAA